UUGCGGCAAGGUGCAUGGCAACGUCCAAGCAGACUCGUGCGGCGGCGCCUCGGUCCAAGCAUCAUCAUGUGAAGGAUGUUCAAUCAGAAAUCACACUCACGUUUGAGAAGAAACCUCUUGGCAUUGGGCUCGUUCCAUCGACGCAGCUCUAUGGUGCGUGGGAAGUCGGUCACGCCCCUGACGACCACCCGUCGCUUGAGAUUGGCGACGUCUUGAUGGCUGUGAAUGGCGACGAGUCGGUGAAUGCUAUGGACUCACUUGCGUUCCGUGCGUACAUGUCAAAACUCGCGGUACCUGUGUCAAUCACGUUUCGAAAACCAAAGCUGCACGGCCACUGCGACUCGCACACGACUGCGACAGCACUCUUUCCUCAAAGUUUCGAGUACAACCAGUUCACUCGCGCAUCCACAAGGCAUGUUCGUGCUACCGCCGCUCAAUGGAAGCAGUCCGUUGCGCGCGACGUGGAAGCAGCUGCAUUGCCGCUCGGGCGCGAUGCUGCGGGGGACAUCACCUUGACCAUUCACGCAUUGCCCGUGGGCGUCACGUUUGCCGCCAGUACGCGGAGCUAUGGCAGCCUUGAAGUCCAUUCCGUCGGCGAUCUCGCAGAGUCUUCCUCGCCUUCUACACCAUCCAACUCAACUUCAGCUGAAUCAACCAUCGAUUCGCUCGUGCCCGGAGAUGUGCUCAUUGCAGUGAACGGUCGCCCAGAGGCAGCGUCGUGGACUUUGGCAGAGCUCAUGUCGGAGUUGCAGGGGUCCGCGCUUCCAUUCACCAUGACGUUCCGUACUCCGGCGUUGAACGUUCGAUAUGUUCGUCAGAUGGGUGCGAAAGCGUCUCCGCCGCCGCUGGCGUCCACAUCGACGAGCCGGGCAAUGUUUCCUCCUUCAAAAGAAUACAAAGACCACGAUGUCGUUGUUGGGUCGCCGCCCGCAAGCGACAUGGCGUCGUCGCCGAUCCAAAAAGACGAGUGGCACACCGUCCAUGCCAAGCUGAAACAGAACAAGUGGCUCUCGUACUUUCAAUCGUCUGUCAUCCUCAAGUGCAACCACGUGCACGUGCUAACGGCUGCCCUGCCGCUGCACUUGCAGUGCCACAACUGGACUCUCCUGUACAGUUCUCAAGAGCACGGAUUCAACUCGACCAUGUUUUACCACCUCGUCCAAGAUCGAGGCCCGACCAUCGUCGCCAUCAAGGACUCGACAGACCAAGUGUUUGGAGCAUUCACGCCGUCGUCGCUCAAGCAUUCAAAAAAGGUGUACGGGAACGGCCGAGCGUUUGUGUUUCAACACGCGUCCGUGUACGGAUGGUCUGGCCUUGACAACAAUUUUGUGUACGGGGGACCAAAUGGGUCGCUCGUGUGGGGGGGCGGCGCGUCCGGGCUCGCGCUUUGCCUCCAGAUCGACGAAGCAAGGGGAUUCACGCAGGCUUGCGAAACGUAUGACAACCCGGCGCUGACGCAUCCCCAUCAGUUUCAGUGCUGGGCCGUCGAGGUGUGGGGCUUCGAAGGUGUCAAGCUGUAAGCGUUGUAAAACCCCAGUCGGUGUUUUUGUUGGACUUUGCCAUGGACAAGGAGUGUGACGGCGGUGGUGGCAGGAGGUAUGACGUGCCGGGGUAACUUGGCCCCAACAACGGUGACCAGGCUCGAAACGCGAAGUGCGAUCAUGCACCAGGAGAUCAGGCUUCAUACUGUUGUGGCUGGGGGCAGCUGGUGUCAAUCGUACAUGUGCUUCCAUCGCCAAUUCUUCUAUCCGCGACUCGAUGGACCGCAAUGGGCGAAGGAACGGCACGCGGGUUUGGAGGUGAUGGCGGUGUGUAUGUGGGUAAGGGAAAUCGUUGAAGGCGGGGAUGCAACCGUUGCGACGGGGUGCCAGGGAUGGAGACGCGCAGCCCAGUUGUA